GAAUUAAUAUUGGCCCAGGGUCCGCUGCCGGAGAAAUGCUGGGCCGAGAUCUGUCCGGGGUGAAGAGUCAGGUCAGGCACCGCCGACAACUAAUAACCAUCGUCCCCAGUAAUUAUUAGCAUGUACAGUAGAUAGAUAGUCCAUGACACCGCUAACAGGUUCCCCGGAUGGGUCAAUCAGGAUCUGUCUUCCAGCAAACAGUGCCUGACCUGUGCGGACUCUACCUAUCUUUCAACAUGGCAAGCAAAUCUCCACCUCUGCUCCGUUUGAUACAAAGCGCAACGAAGAUCCGCGACAGGAAAGGCAAAUCACAGCCAAAAUAUACUCUGCAGAUAUCCUGCCAUGUAAAGCCCAACGCAUCUGCGCGGCGUCAGGGUGUAUUGGCUGUGGGGCCUGAAACCGUCGACAUUGCAGUGGCAGCAGUUCCAAGAGAUGGAGAAUCCAAUGCGGCAGUAUCGAAGGUCCUUGCAGAUGUCUUCGAUGUCUCCAAAUCCGAUGUCGCGAUUAUCCGCGGUCACAAGUCGCGCGAGAAGACACUCUCCAUAAGCGGAUUGGAUAUUGGUGGAGAGACUGAAGCAGAUUUCCUAGAGAAGGCCAAACAGAGACUAAGUGAAGCUAUUGUUGAUGGGAAAUAAACUCGAGACCUACCCUUGUCUUCUACCCGUAGAAUGUUCUAUGAAUAUAUAUACUCCGCGCUGGUAUGAUCGAUGAUCUUUAUUCACCUUAGCCAAUAAUAAGCGGUCUCAUACUACCUACUCUAAAUUCAAAAUAUAUAAAGUCCGUUCGAUGUAGUCGCAGCAAACGAGGCAUUUGGUUUCGAUUCUAUGUCUACCAGAAGCUGAUGACAAAAUGCUCUUAGCACAAACUCUAGUCUUGUCUUUACGACAAACAGUACUUCUAUAAAAAUACAACAAUCGU